GGCGGAGUGACGGAAGCACUGCCUUGCAUUUCCAGAGACAGCAUCUUCUCCCCGUUAGACUGAGAUGCAGGGACGGGGCUCUGGAGCAUUUCAGGAUCUCCUUUGCAAGACUCACCCGCUUGCACUUGUCACUCCCGGUGCCAGGGUCUGCUGACCUCGCUGACAUAUCUACGGGCUUAUGAAGUUAUGGAUUAUGAUCCCGUGACAUUGCUGGCCUCAGUAAAGCUGAUUUUGAUAGGGAGUCGGGGCUCCGGUUCAUCCCUUAGUUCUGCUGUCCGCGGUUAGAAACCCUUUUUUCAGACUGGCACCUCCUUCUAUCGCUUCAUGGCUUUAAUGCGAAGUCCCCGCUGUUUCGCAAGACUCUCGGCAGACUGGGCAAAAUCCCCGUGGCCGCCCACUCCGCGCAGUCGGGCCCCGCGUGCUUUUCCGCCCUUGAUAAGUAACGCGGAGCCUCCGACCGUCGGCUCCAGCCUCUGGGCCUUCUCCAAACAGGCCGCCUCCUCCUCCAUGGCCGUGAGCGUGCGCCUGACUCCCGGGCCCCGCAGCCUGUGGGACGAGCCGCUGGCGAUCUCCGUGCACGGUCUGGCCCCGGCCCAGCGAGUCACCCUGCGCGCCUCCCUCCGCGAUGAGAAAGGGGAGCUCUUCCAGGCUUCGGCCCGCUACGAGGCGGACGCGGGCGGGCAGCUGGACCUGGCGCGGGCGCCCGCUCUGGGGGGCAGCUACCGCGGCGUGGAGCCCAUGGGGCUCUUCUGGAGCAUGAAGCCCGACAAGCCCUACUGGCGGCUGGUGAAGCGGGACGUGCAGACCCCUUUCCUCGUGGACCUCGAGGUGUACGAGGGUCACGACCCCCAGCCCACCAAGGUGCUGGCACAGGUGGUCCACGAGCGGGGCUUCCUGGGGCCAGGGGUGAAGAGGAUCCCGGUGCGAGAGGGCAACGUGCGGGCCACUCUCUUCCUGCCUCCAGGCUCAGGGCCCUUCCCUGGGAUCAUCGACAUGUUUGGAACUGGAGGUGGCCUGUUUGAAUACAGAGCUAGUCUGUUGGCUAGACGUGGUUUCGCUGUGCUGGCCCUGGCAUACUAUGCCUUUGAGGACCUUCCCAAAGACAUGAAGGAACUUCAUCUGGAAUACUUUGAAGAGGCUGUCCAGUACCUGAAAAACCACUCCCAGGUAAAGGGUCCAGGAGUUGGGCUGCUUGGAUUUUCUAAAGGGGGUGAUCUGUGCCUCUCCAUGGCCUCCCAUUUGAAGGACAUCACAGCUACUGUCACCCUCAAUGGCUCCCUGGCAAAUGUAGGGUGUGCACUACACUAUAAAGGUAUGACCAUUCCCCCACUGGGUAGUGACCCAAAACGUAUCAAGAUGACUAAAGAUGGGUUUGCAGACAUCGUUGAUGCUCUCAACAACCCUUUGGAGGAACCCAACCGAACAAGCUUAAUUCCAGUUCAGAAGGCUGAGAGUUGUUUCCUGUUUCUCGUUGGUCUGGAUGACCAUAACUGGAAAAGUGAAUUCUAUGCCAAUGAAGCUGCCAAAUUGUUACAAGCCCAUGGGAAGAAAAAACCCAAGAUUAUCUGUUACCCUGCAACAGGACACUAUAUUGAGCUCCCGUAUUUCCCUGUGUGCCUGGUUUCCUUUCACAAUUUGGUGGGCAAACCUGUGAUCUGGGGAGGAGAAGUUAGGGCCCACUCCAUGGCCCAAAUUGAUGCUUGGAAACAACUCCAAGCCUUCUUCCACAAACAUUUAGGAAAUGAUAACAAAUCUCCCAAAUUGUAACUCACCAUUUAGAAUUUUAAAUGGUAUAUGCUAAAGGUGUGUUGAGAUGAUACCAACUAGAGAGAUUAUUUUUAGAAUAACUGGAAUAGGGUUUUUUUCUCAUCAGUAAGAUAAAGUCGAAUGUAAUAAUAAUUUUAAAGCUCUUAAAGGUUUUUUUUUAAGUAAACAGUUUUCCCCAAGGAAUAAAAGAGUAAUUUUGUGAAACAUGA